GUUACGGCAUAGUUAUAUAUCUCCAUCAACGAAACGAAACUUUGAUUUUUGGUUCUUCAUAUCUCCCGAUUCUGUUCUGGUGGUGUUUAUUGUUUAUCGUUUGUGGAUUCUAAUUAGAUCUGAGGAAGACGACGUCAUGUUUUUGUUUGAUUGGUUCUAUGGAAUAUUUGCCUCGUUAGGUUUGUGGCAGAAAGAAGCGAAGAUCUUGUUUCUAGGCCUGGACAAUGCCGGAAAAACUACUUUACUUCACAUGCUAAAAGACGAGAGAUUAGUUCAGCACCAGCCAACACAGCAUCCCACGUCGGAGGAACUUAGCAUUGGCAAAAUCAAGUUCAAGGCCUUUGAUUUGGGUGGCCAUCAGAUUGCUCGUCGGGUUUGGAAAGACUACUAUGCCAAGGUUGAUGCUGUUGUCUACCUAGUGGAUGCUUACGACAGGGAGAGAUUUGUGGAGUCGAAAAGAGAGCUAGACGCUCUUUUAUCAGAUGAAGCCUUAGCAAAUGUUCCCUGUCUUAUUCUUGGCAACAAGAUUGAUAUUCCUUAUGCAUCCUCAGAAGAUGAGCUCAGGUAUCACUUGGGUCUCACCAAUUUCACUACCGGUAAAGGCAAUGUGAGUCUUGAAAACUCUGGUGUUCGUCCCCUUGAGGUCUUCAUGUGCAGCAUCGUUCGCAAAAUGGGUUAUGGUGAAGGGUUUAAAUGGCUAUCUCAGUAUAUCAAGUAGACAGCAUUGGUGAUUGCUUCACGGUUUAUGAAUGAGACAUCCAAUUUUUCUAUUUGAAAAGACAUAAACUCUCUCUAUUCUAGUUUUCUCUAAGUUUUAAUAGUAGUAAGUCGUCUCCAAACUUGUUGUGCAUUAUACUAUUGAAGUAGUUGUGUUUCUUUGUUGAAUCAACCCGAACAAAAUGGAUUCUGUUCUAAUCA